AUUGUGUCGGAGGACAGACUGCUGUGUAACACUCGUUGUGCCACGUGCGAAUCCGUUCCGCCGUAGCGGCAGCAAUGGAGGGGAGACCGAGCAGAGGCAGGGGAGGCGGCUGGAAACGAGGCGGCCGAGCAGCAGGCGACAGCGACGGCUUUGGUGGCGAGCACCGAGGCAGAGGGCGGGGAGGACAGCACCGCGGCCGCGGCAAAAGAGACCACCACCGGGGGCGUGGACGCGGCGGAGGCGGGCGCGCGGCGGAGUUCUAUCACCGGGAUGAAGAAGGAAACGACUUUGAGGAGGGAGAUGACAGGACAGAGGUUUUCUCCAGGAGGAAACUGGAGUCGAACUGGGAUCGUUACGAGGAUUCGGAGAAGCAGGAGGCUGAGGACGACGCGCCUGCUCAGAGAGGAACAGAUUUCCAGGUUCUGCUGGAGUCGGCAGGUGAUUCCUUCACACAGUUCCGGUUCUCGGAGGAGAAGGACUGGACGAUGGACUCGUUCACGGCAACUCGGAUGUCGGCCGUGCUCCUGGACCUCCCAGCUCUCGCCGAGCGCCUUCAACAAGUGCCACUCCACCAGAGGCUGAACCUGGAGGCCGAGCUGGUUCAGGUUUCUGCACCGGUGGAGCUGCCGGUCGUGACCAUCGCACCCAAACAGGAGAUCCUGAAAACAUCCACGUUCACGGCUCCUGAGUCACGACAAGGCUCCCAGCAGGCGGCGCCGGCUCCAGGCCAACCUGUGCAGGAGGCGGCGACGGACGACUGCGACGAGGAGCUGAACCAGCUGCUGCGUCUGCAGAAACCAGCGGCCGCGUCUCCAGCGGAGCCGGCUGCAGAGGAGACUGUGGAGGAAGUGUGUGAUGAAACUGAGGAUGAGGUGAAAGCCGAAGACGUCGCAUCUCCAAAGCCUGCUGGCGUCAGACAGGAAGUGACUGACGAGGACCUGGAGGACUGGCUCGACAGCAUGAUCUCCUGAUGCGAGGAUGCUGGAUGGAAGGGAAGUAGAGGCCGCGCCGUCCUCUCUAACCCAGCUGGUCCUCAUACUGCUUACGGAAGCAGUCUCCAGUCGGGAAGAAGUCCCAGCAUCGCUCCUGGUACAUCUUCCACACAUACGACUCCUGGAAUGAGAUGCAUCAUAGAAACCAGGUUGCAGAAUCAGCUGACUUGGACCCGGUGCCGUUCAGUUAAUGCGUGACUGAGGACGGCUUUAGUCAAGUCUGGGAACUGUGCUACACCCAUGUAGGUAAACCUUGUCCUCAAAUAACAUUAAUCUGUACUGGAAUAGAAGCGAAACCUGAACUUGUCACCUGCUCUACAUGGAUGGAGACAAAGAAUGACUGCAAUGAUGUAUUUACACUGUAAAUCCUGUAAGUAUUGAAAGCUUGUUUGUUCAUAUUUUUGCACUGUAAGGUCCAAAUUGCUGUUAAUAUUUUGUGCAGAAACAAUAAAUAACAUCUAAAAGAACA